AUGUCUGAUAGAAGAAUAACACAAGAGGAGGUUGACAAACGAACCCAAACCGCCAGCGAACGAACUUCGAUGACGAUUGCCAUGCCAUCAUGUCCUGAGAACUUUCCUCAAUUUUCGCAAAAUGAAGCCAAUGGAAUGCAAACUGAGGAGAACGCCGUUUAUGGCCAUCUCGCUAAAACUCCCACUCAAGAGUUCGCGAACUUCAAUAGACAAGUUAAUGCCAGUGCUAGCGAGGUCUAUAAAUCGCCAAAGCAGUUGAGCGCAACUGGAAAUGGAAAUAGAAAAGAGAUGGAAACCAAGUCGUCCAUCGAUGCUAAUGGUAAUGCACCCAAGGUCAAACCACUUACCAGAAAGAAUGCUAUCAAGGGAAAGAAACACCGCAGGUCUCCGUUCCAGAAGUAUCAGCAUUGCUCUACAAAGGACCUCGACAACGAUAAUAUCCAAACGGACGAUGAAAAUGCAUAUGGAUAUAAAUACGAACAUGGAGAUGGAUAUGAAAAUGGAGAUGAGAAUGGAGAUGACGAUAAACCAAAUCAAUCUUUGUAUAAGCGAAUCUUGCAGUUCGGCUUCAUCAAGAGAAGACAAAACAAGAAGCUUAAAGAAUCAAUGGUGCUGGAAUUUCACAAGUCAACCAUCUCGGUAAAUAUUCUCGGGGCCGGGUCCACCUCCAGGGAUCCAGCAGUCAUCUCCCAUCUGAAUGAUAUGAAUAGCAACAAUGCCAGGGAAUCAGAGGAACUUAGUGCAGGUCCAGGAGAGAUCCAUAAUGGCGCCAUUGUACCUGAUCCAAGUUUCAAUACUCAAGUCUUGUUCUCGAAGGAGAAGACCCCUCCAAAGAUCAUUGAAGUUGAACCUGUGAAUAGGAAUAUCACUAUAAUACACAAGAUGGUUAAGGAAUCUCCUGAGGAACCGGAAACGUCAACUUGGAAGUUGAUACGCCACAGGGUCUCUUCAUGGACAGGAAGGCUUAAUCCUUUAAGAAGGUGGAGCCAGUCCGGGAGAGACAAUGAAGCAAGAAUUUCCCUAAGACGCAAUGAAGCAGAUCUAGGCGCAUUCACCAGAAAUGGAGUCAGGGAGAACGCUGAUACACGUGGCACCAGAGAAGCCGAAGGUGAAGUCAUCCGACUUUUGAAUCCAGUUGACUGUGCACGAACGUGCCUCAUCUCCAAGUCCAAGUCUGUAAGAUCUGUUGAGCCAAUCAUAGAAGACGCUUCAAAUGAGACAAGAGGCGAAAGCGCGACCUUGAGAAGACGACCCAGGGUAGCGAGAUUACGCCGUGAAUUCGCUGUUUCAAUUGACGAAGUUAUCAAUUUGCAUGGAACGCGUUAUCAAAUGAUAGAGUAUGACAUCCAAGCCUCUUCUACGUCACGUGUGUAUUCCGAAACCACCACCACCAGUGGAGUAUUUGGCCCCAACAACAGAGUCCUUCGAUCGCUAGAAACUCUUGCUUUGAUGUCAGAAGAAGCCGGUGACUCUAUUCAAGAAGAUACCGAUUUUGGAGCCCCUCUUUGUCGCCAUUCUAGUCGUCAGCCCUCCGCCGAAGAAACUGGGGACACAGAAAGCGAUAUGAACGACAACCAACAUCAAAUAGCUACCCCCAUGGUAGUAGCUCCAGCCCCAGAAGAACCCCGAGGGUCUCGCAUCCUAGAGAAUUAUACUUCAACAAUCGCCGCUAUUAAUGAGAAUUGCUAUCUAGAAGUACAGCGUAUCUUUGAUGCUCUGAAGGACUAUGCUAUCAAAAUGGAAACCAUUUCAGAAAGCGACCUUGAGGAAGAUUCGGAAGUCAAUCAAAGAUCUAACUCCGAUCCGCCAAGCCUGGCAGCCACCAUGAACACCUCAGAAAGCAGUAUGAGCGUUCAGCAGCAAUCUUAUCGUGUGGUCUCCAGAUCGAAUGCUAUUAGAAGAAAACGUCGAUCGGUGAGAUUUGAACCAUACAGCUUGAGCUCAUGGAAUGGGAGAGGCAAGGCAACAAUCUAA